AUGCAGUCCUAUCCAUCGCCGAACGCGCUCGCUGCGGAUGGCGGUCCCCAAUUCUACUCCCAGCCCUCGACCCAGCACCAUCCCGCCCUCUCCACCUCCGAUGACCUGCAACUCACUGCCCAACUCUCGCGAGGCCUCGCGCCAGUCAUGAAUGCCGGCCCUGGCGGAGCUAUGACCGAGGGUCAAGAUGAGGAAGCAAGAGCCCAAGAUGCGAUCAACCGCCAGUACGAACAUGACCAGGACCAAAAUCCGCACGAGCAGGUACAAUUACAGGCAAAUCAUGGGCCAAUGGAUCAGAUGGGCAAUCAAUAUGCGGUGCUGGAUGGAUCCCAUGCGCCGAGGAAGCGGUCGAAGGUGUCGAGGGCGUGUGAUGAGUGCCGGCGCAAGAAGAUUCGUUGCGACGCCACCGGCGAACCUGGCGACGAGCAAUGUUCCAGCUGCAAGCGUGUCGGCGCACGCUGCCAGUUUAGUCGAGUGCCCAUGAAGAGGGGUCCAAGUAAAGGAUAUAUCAAAGAGCUCGCCGAUCGAUUAAAUACUCUGGAGGGAGCUAUGCAUGCCGGCGAAAUACCCGUUGCGCUACACAUGGGCCAUCCAGACAAUUCUGUCCAGCGCCGGGCGUCUGAUGAGUUUUCGCCUCCUCCUCACGGGGAAAGCAUUCCACGAAAAAGGACAUUUUCUUCCCUUUCGGGCGAAUUUGGGACGCCUUACCAGGCUCAAAGACCUCCCAGCGGCUGGGCUUCGCAGCAUCCCCCGAAUUCUGCUCCUGCAUAUACCGCCCCGCAGGUCGCCGGGGGGCCACAUCAGUUAUUUAGGGAGCCUAAUUACUCUCCUAACGGUCUUCAGCCCGCGGCCCAGUGGAGGAAGCCACCAGAACUCCCUCGCCAAAGCAACUCCUUUGAAGGGGUUUCACUAAGUGACUCCGGCCAGGCUGAACAUAACCAUGAUUGGGACGAGGGUAUUUUCACUGGAUACUACAAUGCAAUACAUCCAACUUAUCCUAUCUUAUGCCAGUCCAAGACUAGAUUAAGUACUAGGAUGGCAAACUGCCAUGGCCCUUUAAAGGAAGCAUUCUAUGAAGCACUUCACGCAGCAGUUCGAUCGUUCGCACCACCUGCAAAUCAGACCUCUGAUCAAUACAGCAUCAAGAAGGCAACACAGCUCAUAAUAGCCUCCCAAUUUGAAAAUGCUUCUGUCCGUUCUGUCACAACAAAUUUAGUAUAUCUUCAAACGAUGAUGCUCAUGGCGAUUGCAGCCGAAAAUCAGUCCCGGAGGUGCCAAACCGGACUUUCCCAGUCUGUUUGGCUCGGCAGCGCCGUUGGACUCGCAUACUCUUUAAAGCUACACUUACAUAAGCAACCAAGUAAGGCAAUUGGAAGCGAUCCGGAUGCAGAAGAAAACCUCGCGAGGAGGAUAUGGUGGAGCUUGGUUAUUAUGGACAGGUGGCAUUCGUCAAGCACAUCCAGCCCCUUGUUAAUUCCCGACGGGAGCGUGGUUGUGUGUCCCGAGGACGCAUCUCUCCUCGGCGAGUCCCUUUACCAUAUUGCUCGCUUAUCCAUAAUACUUGGACACUUUGCCAUCGCGAACCUUGUACCUAAUCACCUCCCUACUCUCGGCACUCCCCCUGUUAAACUAGUCGACACGCUCCUUCGCGGCGAAUUAGAACGGUGGCGAGAGUCAUUGCCAGCGUCUAUGUUUCCGCCAUCCAAUGCCCCUCUUGUCCAUCUAUGCUACUGGCAUCUGCGAAUCUUGAUGGAGCUACGGCUUCCCGAUUCGGAUCCUCAGGAUCUUCUAACUCCAGCAAUACACAUUGUCACCCAGGCCACACACAACUCAUCUGUGGUUACUCCCUUAACUUACCAUUGCACGGCUCUUGCCGCGCUCUCCCUCCUUGAACUGGCCCCUAUAGAUAGCACAAGAGAGGAAGCCGAAAAAGGUCUGAAGACAUUAUUAGAAGGCUCUGGACCUUUAGUCUGCGACACGGCUAUCCGGGAAAUUAUCUCAGCAAAGCAGCACUCGGGCAGUGCUGGUAUCCAGAAGACACCGGAAAGUCAACAUGCUUUAACAGCUAGCCAGGGCCUUCAGCGCCUCGCUGACAUUGCCACUGCUACGGAGGAGGGGCGGGAUGCGACGACCAGCGAUGGUCGAAACGAGGGCGACAAGGGCAGUACUGGAGGUCGGAGUGGAGCGCCGCUGCAGCCCUAUCAGGAGUUAAAAGAUGUCGUCCGAAAUGGGUAUCUUGGGAUUCUCGGCGCUGACAACAUCCAAUGA